UUCUAUACUUAUAAACACCGAGUCGUUGCUCCAUCCAGUGAAACUUGAAUCAAAAGGUUUUGAUUCCCACAGCUCAACCUCCGCCGUCGCCGCCGUCUCCGCCGUCGCCGCCUUCAUCCUCAAGCAAGCGCAGAUCGAUCCGAGUGGCUAGACACGGAGCGUGGGCGGCUGGGCUGCGCAAUGAGGGGGCCGUCGGCGACGCGGCACCAGCGGCGAUGGGCGUCGGACACCGUGCCGGCGGGGAGGGCGCUGAGCGCGGCGACGUCGCCGGCGACGUCGGGGAUGGUGUCGGACGACGGGGAGGAGUUCGUGGAGGUGACCAUCGACCUCCAGGACGACGACACCAUCGUGCUCCGCAGAGUCGAGCCGGCGGCGGCAGCGGCGGCCAUCGAGGCGGGGUACGCGUCGGACGCCGCGUGGUCUGAGGCGGCGUCGGCGUCGCGGUCGCCGUCCAUCGGGCGGAGCUCGUCGCACCGGCUGCUGCAGAUCUCGCAGGAGCUGAAGGCGGAGGCGGUGGCGCGGGCGCGGCAGCUGAAGGAGGACCUGAAGGCGGAGCUCAAGCGGUUCCCGUGGGGCCACGGCCCGUCCUCGCGGGCCGCGGCCGCCUCGUCCUCCUCGGCGACGCCUGGCGUCGAUUCGGCCCUGGCCGCGAGGGCAGCGCGGCGGCAACGGGCGCAGCUCGAUCGGAGCAGAUCCGGCGCCCACAAGGCGCUCCGAGGCCUCCGAUUCAUCAGCGGCCGCAAGGCCAACGGCGUCGACGCGUGGAACGAGGUGCAGAUCAACUUCGACAAGCUCGCGCACGACGGCUUCCUCGCCCGAUCCGAUUUCGCCCAAUGCAUAGGAAUGAAAGACUCCGAGGAGUUCGCAUUGGAGCUGUUCGACGCAUUGAGCAGGAGAAGAAGGCUGAACGUCGAGCGGAUUAGCAGAGACGAACUCCACGAGUUCUGGUGCCAGAUCACCGAUCAGAGCUUCGAUUCCCGACUUCAGAUCUUUUUCGACAUGGUGGACAAGAACGAGGACGGCCACAUCACAGAGGAGGAAGUAAAAGAGAUAAUAAUGCUUAGUGCUUGCGCUAAUAAGCUGUCGAGGCUGAAAGAACAGGCAGAGGAGUAUGCAGCUUUAAUAAUGGAGGAGUUGGAUCCCGAGAGACUCGGCUACAUCGAGCUUUGGCAACUGGAGACGCUGCUGCUGCAGAAGGACACGUACUUCAACUACAGCCAGGCGCUGAGCUACACGAGCCAGGCGCUGAGCCAGAACCUGGCCGGGCUGAGGAAGAAGGGACCGAUCAGGAAGCUGAGUACCAAGCUGGCCUACUACGUGGAGGAGAAUUGGAAGAGGCUGUGGGUGGUGACCCUGUGGAUCGCCCUCAUGGCUGGCCUCUUCAUCUGGAAAUUCAUCCAGUAUCGCAACAGGUACGCGUUCCGUGUCAUGGGCUACUGUCUCACAACCGCCAAGGGCGCCGCCGAGACGUUAAAGUUUAACAUGGCUCUCAUCCUCCUCCCGGUGUGCCGGAACACCAUCACCUGGCUACGCUCCACCCGCCUCGCCCGUGCCCUGCCAUUUGACGACAACAUCAACUUCCAUAAGACCAUCGCAGCAGCGAUAGUCGUUGGAGUGAUCCUCCAUGCUGGCAAUCACCUCGCUUGCGACUUUCCCCGGCUAAUCUCAUCCUCCAAAGAGAAGUACCAAGGUUUGCGCCCUUAUUUUGGAGACACAAAGCCAACCUACUUGGAUCUCAUGCGAGGUGUUGAGGGCAUCACUGGAAUCAUAAUGGUGGUCUGCAUGGUGUUGGCUUUCAUCCUUGCAACACACUGGUUUCGUAGGAGCCUAGUGAGAUUCCCUAAGCCCUUCGAUAGGCUUACUGGUUUCAAUGCUUUCUGGUACUCCCACCACCUAUUUGUCAUCGUCUACAUUUUGUUGAUUGUGCAUGGUGAACGUCUCUACCUUAUCCACAAGUGGUACAAUAAGACAACAUGGAUGUAUCUUGCAGUUCCAGUUCUUCUGUACGUCGGGGAGAGGAGUCUAAGAGCCCUCAGGUCCGGUCAUUACUCUGUUCGUUUACUAAAGGUUGCCAUAUAUCCAGGUAAUGUUCUCACGCUUCAAAUGUCAAAGCCUGCAGCAUUUCGCUACAAGAGUGGUCAGUACAUGUUUGUGCAGUGCCCUGCUGUCUCGCCCUUUGAAUGGCAUCCUUUCUCAAUCACUUCAGCUCCUGGAGAUGACUACUUAAGUGUCCACAUUAGACAACUCGGUGACUGGACAAGGGAACUAAAACGAGUUUUUGCUGCAGCAUGUGAACCUUCAGUCGCAGGAAAGAGUGGCCUUUUGAGAGCAGAUGAGGCUACCAAAAAGAGCUUGCCAAAACUUUUGAUUGAUGGGCCUUAUGGUGCUCCAGCCCAGGAUUACAAGAAAUACGAUGUUCUCCUACUUGUCGGCCUCGGCAUUGGUGCAACACCUUUCAUUAGCAUAUUGAAGGAUCUACUCAACAACAUUGUCAAAAUGGAAGAGGAGAAUGAAGCACUCUCCGAACUCUGCCCGCCAAAGCAACCACAAAACGGGGAGCGAGUUGAUUUGGCAACACUCAUGAGAGCCUCACGCAGAGUAAAGUGGACUCUCAAAACAACAAAUGCAUAUUUCUAUUGGGUUACUCGUGAGCAAGGCUCCUUUGAUUGGUUUAAAGGAGUUAUGAAUGAAGUGGCUGAGUUAGACCAACGGGGUAUAAUCGAGAUGCACAAUUACUUGACCAGCGUGUAUGAAGAAGGAGAUGCAAGGUCAGCUCUAAUCACCAUGAUCCAGGCUCUCAAUCACGCAAAGCAUGGUGUUGACAUCGUUUCCGGCACCAGGGUGCGCACGCAUUUUGCUAGGCCUAACUGGAAGAAAGUCUUCGCCCGGAUAAGCUCCAAACACCCCGACGCAAAAAUAGGAGUAUUCUACUGCGGAGCACCGGUUCUGGGGCAGGAGCUAGGCAAGUUGUGCUAUGACUCCAACCAGAGAGGUUCAACCAAAUUUGAAUUCCACAAGGAGCAUUUCUGAUCAACAUUCAUCGAUCUGGUAUGCUAUACGGUAGAGAGAAAAAAUGUAAAGCCUUUUUGUUUAUUUCCCAUAAUGAUAUUCAGAGGCAAAGAAAGCUUGACUAUGUUAUCAAGAGUUAGAUUUUAUCAAGAGCUAGAAAGUCUAUGUUAUUGUGACUAAUACUUGUAACUACUAGCAAUAAGUGAGGAGAAAAGGAAUUGCUAUCUAGUGUAUACUUGUAUAUGAACCCUAAAAAACUAAUAAUUGACUGACUGUAUAUGAUUGUUGAGGGGGUGAAAGGUGGUGUCUUAAUGUUUGUAUUUUAUUAACAUGUUAAAAUUGUUACAGUUGAUUCUGCAAUCAAUGGACUGGGAAUUUAGUCC